UGAUGGAACCGGACUUUAAAAUUUUAUUUUGCAAUCAUGUGCUAAGAAAAUGCAAGUAACGCAUUUCCAGAACUGCCACAAAGACGUAGCUGCUACUUGCUUUGUUUCAAGAGAACUAGAGUGACUGUUGGCUUACCAUUGUGAUUUUGCGGAGGAUUAACUAACGUUAGCUAGCUUGCUACUUAUCGAUAGCUUAAUUAGCUUUUUGGCUAGCUGCCUGCGUUUGUUUUGAGGAACUGAACUGGGAACCAGGUACAUGUGACAUGACCCAUAUGGCCUAGAAAAGGAGGCAGACUGCACUGAGCUACUGAAGUCUUCCGCCGUCGGCCCUGCGUUGGCUCCCAGUCGGCUCCGCGCAGGCCUAGUGCUAUGGAUCCCCUGGGAGCUCGUUCGCAGAUCGUGGACGUCCAGACUCUGCCCAGCUGGGACCAGCCUUACGAGGGGGGCAAGGAGGGGGAGGCGCGCCCCGGCGGCAAAACUGGCGAUCUGACCGAUGGUCAGAACUGCCUGCAGGGAGCAGUCACCUCGCCCUUCCCCUUCAGAGAUGACAUCAACAGGAAGAUUGUGCUUUUCACUGGAGACGUGGCACUGUUGAACUGCACGGCGAUCGUCAACACCAGUAACGAGAUGCUGUCGGACAAGAACCCCAUCUCAGACAGCAUCCACAGGCACGCCGGGCCCGAGCUCAGAGAUGAGCUGCCCAAGCUAAAAGGCUGCCGCACAGGGGAGGCUAAGAUGACCAAAGGCUUCAGCCUCGCGGCUCGCUUCAUCGUCCACACGGUGGGACCCAAGUACAAGGCCAAGUACAGGACGGCUGCCGAGAGCUCUCUGCACAGCUGCUACAGGAACGUCAUGCAGAUCGCCAAGGAGCAGGCCAUGGCAUCGGUGGGAUUCUGUGUGGUCAGUACAGCCAAGAGAGGCUACCCCCUGGAGGAUGCUACUCACAUAGCACUCAGGACUGUGCGCAGGUUUCUGGAGAACCACGGAGAGAGUAUAGAAAUGGUGGUUUUUGCUGUGACAGAGGUGGAGGAGCCUGUGUACAGGAAGCUGCUCCCCCUCUAUUACCCGCGCUCGGAGGAAGAGGAGCGCGCCAGCCUGCCUCUUCUCCCGGGCGACAUCGGGAACGCCGAGGGCGAGCCCGUGGUCCCCGAGCGACAGAUCCGAAUCACGGAAAAGCCAGGCACCCUGGAAGAGGACUCUGAGGACGACAGCCUGGAUUUGGACCUGGGUUUGGUGGGCACGCACGCGUUCGCCCGGAUGGAGGGUGACGUAGACAAACAGCGACGGCUCGUUCUGCAGGGCCAGAUGUCCGAGGCGUCCUUACAGAAACAACACCAGAGAAACUACAGCCGCUGGCUGUGCCGGGCGAGGGCGGAGGACCUGUCUGACGUAGCGGCGCUUAAGGCACUGUAUCAGACCGGAGUGGACAUCUGCGGGCGGACGGUCAUGGUGCUGGUUGGGAGGAACAUCCCCGUGUCCCUGAUAGACAUGGAGAAGGCUCUACUCUACUUCAUUCACGUAAUGGAUCACAUUGCGGUCAAGGAGUAUGUGAUGGUGUAUUUCCACACGUUGACCGGAGAGCACAACCACCUGGACUCGGACUUCCUCAAGAAGGUCUAUGACAUCGUUGACCCAAAGUUUAAGAAGAAUCUAAGAGCAUUCUACUUUGUACACCCCACAUUCCGUUCCAAGGUGUCAACGUGGUUCUUCAGCACCUUCAGUGUGUCUGGCCUGAAGGAGAAGAUCCAUCACAUGGAGACCCUGCAGCAGCUCUUCACCUGCAUCGUCCCUGAGCAGAUCGACAUCCCACCUUUCGUCCUGGAGUAUGACGCGAGAAUGAACGGUCCAUACCGCCCGGCCCACUCCUCAGGCCUAUGAAGAAGCAUGGCAUACGACCCCAGGACCGGGUCGCACACUGGUUGUGAUUGGGUCUUCAGUUGCCCAAUGACGGCGCAGACGUUCAGUGCCCGAAAGUAUACUUUAGACUGUAGCCAAGCUACAGCCAGAUGUACAGUACAAGUAGCUGCUGCAGGUAUUACCCUGGCCCUGAAUCUACUUCCUCUGUCACCAGCAAGCCUGCAAGAACCUGUCUGCUGUCUACAGGGUCUGUACGGGGAAUCUGCCUUUAUUUUACUGCCUGAGUACAAUCGGCGUGUAUGGAGCCAUAGAACCUUCCCUGGAAUCUCGUGCCGGAACAUUUCGAGGCUGCGCCACAGCGGUGUCUCAAAGCUCCCAGACCAUGCCCGUCUCUGUGAAGGUGCCAGUCUUGGUGUGGGUACGUUGUGAGCGUGGCUGUUUCUGCCAUCCGCUGGUCCCUUUGUGCCGGAAGCCAUUACUCCGCACGUCCAGGAGCCGUCUGUCGCGGCAGAUGUCUCGCUCGCCUGUCGAGCGUUACUUGAGCCGCUGGUGUAUGCAGUGAGAGAUUCCCACGCAUGUGUUCCGGAUGUCAGUCAUCUUUGCAAAUAUUACACGAGUUGGGCAUUUCUAAAUAGGUGAUGCUACAUGUCUGUCCUUAAACCUCACCCCUUACCUGUGCAAGUAAACGAUUGAAGCUC